GGGCGAAACCGUUAGUUGUCUUGCUGUUUUUUAGCAUAAUGGCCGUCACGGUGUUAAGAGAUACGUCAAAUUUGUAUUAAGAUAAUUUCGAACGCAUAUCGUAUUUUUCAAUUUUGUGAUAAUAAUUAUUUUUGAUUACUUAAUGUACACACAAACAAUAAAAAUGCCGGUCCAGAAAGAUUCAAAUAUCGUGAAAAUUGCUGUUGAAAUGACAGAACAAGUACCACAACUUAUUGAAUUUAAUCAAAAACAUCCACUUACUGGGAUUAUUCAAGAAUUGUGCAAUGGAUGGGGACUUUCUGAUCCUGAAUCAUAUUCAUUACAAUUUUCGGAAAGUAAUAAUCAAAAUUAUAUUACAGAAAAAAAUCGUAAUGAAGUAAAAAAUGGUAGUAUUUUAAGAUUAGAAUUUUCGCCUUCUAAAACAGCUUGUGAUAUCUUAACAAAACUUAAUAAUGGAAGUAUAGAAGAAAAAACUAUUGCUUUGCAAAAAUUAAGCACUCUUAGCACAGAUAUGACAUUUGCAUUAGAAUUCAUUAAUAAGCAAGGAUUAGCCCUGAUUAUAUCACAGGUAGAAGGUGAAAAAUAUAAGGGAAAUGCUCUUGCAUAUUCACUUCAAUCAUUUGUUGAACUAAUGGAUCAUGGAAUUGUUUCAUGGGAUAUAUUAGAAACACCUUUUAUUAAUAAAGUAGCAAGCUAUGUGAAUAAUCAAGCUGUAACUCAAGAUACUAAUAUUAUUGAAGCUUCACUUAGUAUUCUUGAAAAUAUAGUAUUAAAUUCCUCAGGAAAAUAUGGACAAGUCGAAAAAGAAGUGACAUUUCCUAAUUUGGUAAUGCAUUUACAAAGUGUACGUCCACAAAUACAACAAAAUGCUAUAGCUUUAAUAAAUGCCUUAUUUCUUAAGGCAGAUUUAUCUAAACGUAAAGCUGUUGCUGCAACUCUUCAGUCUAAGCAAGUUAGAAAUGUGUUUUUAACAAAUAUUAUACAAUCUACUGGUCAGGUUGGUGCAGAAAUGGCACAUCAACUUUAUGUAUUACAAACACUUAUGUUAAGUUUGUUGGAACAACGUAUGAUAACAAAAAUGGAUCCACAGGAUCAAGAUGCACAUGAUAAAAUAAAAGAACUUCGAAGAAUUGCUUUUGAUACUGAAGGAGCCAUAGGUGGAGAUGUUAUUGCUAGAAAGCAAGGUCUUUUUGCUAAAGAUUAUAAAAAAUUAGGUUUUAAAUAUGAUAUUAAUCCUGCUCUUGAUUUUACUGAAACUCCUCCUGGCAUGCUUGCUCUAGAUUGUAUGGUUUAUUUUGCACGUAAUCAUACUGAAGGUUAUACUAAAGUUGUUUUAGAAAACUCUUGCAGGGCAGAUGAACAUGAAUGUCCUUUUGGUAGAACAAGUGUAGAACUUGUUAAAUUACUUUGUGAAGUUUUACGUAUUGGAGAAGCACCUAGUGAACAAGGACAAUCAUAUCAUCCUAUGUUUUUUACACAUGAUCAUCCAUUUGAGGAAUUUUAUUGUGUAUGCAUAGUUCUUUUAAACAAGACUUGGAAAGAAAUGAGAGCUACUACUGAAGAUUUUAUAAAAGUAUUUUCUGUUGUAAGAGAACAAAUUACUAGAGCUCUUCAAUGUAAACCUACAGGAUUGGAUAAAUUCAAAAAUAAAUUACAACAAUUAACAUAUUCAACUAUUACUAAUUUAUGGCAACAAGAAAGGACAAGUAGAGAAGAAUGGGAAAGUCAUGCAAGACCAAUAGUUGAACUUAGAGAACAAAUUACACCUGAAAUUUUAGAAUUGAUUCAACAACAACGCUUAGGAUUUUUAGUAGAAGGCACUAGAUUUAUGAAAUAUAGUGCUAGAGGACAGAGAAUUAAGGAUAAGUUCUGGUAUGUUCGACUUUCGCCAAAUCACAAAGUAUUUCAUUAUGGUGAUUGUGAUGAAAAAUCAGUACCAACAAUUGAUGAACUUCCUACAAAAUUAGCUGUUGUUGAAAUUCGUGCUUUAUUAACUGGCAGAGAUUGUCCUCAUAUGAAAGAUUUACAAAGACGGAAAACUACACAUCAAUUAGCAUUUUCUUUAAUUUUAGAUUCUGUAGAAGUUUCAAGUUUAGAUUUUGUAGCUCCUGAUGAACAAGUUUUUGAUUAUUGGACUGAUGGCAUUAAUGCUUUGCUUGGUAAUAGAAUGACUAGUAAAGAAGCGGAAAAUGAUCUUGAGACUUUAUUGUCCAUGGAUAUCAAAUUGAGACUUUUAGAUACAGAAGGGAUUGAUAUUCCUCAAGAUCCACCUGCUGUUCCUGAUCCUCCACCAAAUUAUGAUUUUUGUUAUGAAUUAAAAUAAGAAUUUUGUUUUAUAUUUAUUAAUUGUUAUAGCCAUUUGAUAUAUUAAUAAGAUAUAUUAAUAAGAUAUUGUUUAGACACUUAUUAAAACUAAAUUUUACAUUAAAUAAUUUAUAAUUUUUAUAUAAAUAAUUUAAAAUUUUUUAAUAAUAUUAUAAUAUAAUAUUUUUAAUUAUAUAAA